AUGAGAACAGCACCUUCACUUGCCACUUUUUUAUCUCAGUUUCGAUAAAUAAGUUUAACAAUAAGAAGCACUACGGCUGGUAGAUCACGUUAAGAAAGAAGUUAUUUGUAAUAGAAUAUAUGAUGAGUGCAGUUGCUGCAUUUAUGAUCUAGUUUUGUUUUUACACUGCAAUGUAUUUAUUGGGAUGCAAGUUAAUAAAUGACAAAUUUCACUGGUAUAAGCAUGUUUCUGUGAUGAACAGAAAUGUUAAAUGUUAAAUGUUUCAUUAUCCAGGGUGUUUAUUGAGAAAUUUGGCAGUGACAAUUAAUGGACGAUUCUAUUCUGUGUACAAUUCAAACUCUUACCAGUAAGGCCAUUUGAAUCUAGCUUCAGAAUUAUGCAAAGUGAAGACAAAUCUCCAAUCUCCUUUGUCUACCAAACGACCCUCAAUUGUGCUUUCAGUCGUAAACAAUUUAAGAUUUACAGGACUAACUGCUUGGUUGUAGUAAAAAAGAAGACCCCCGAAAACUAAGACCUCAGACCCGAAAGGAAAACCCGAAAACAAAGACCCAAAAGUGAAUGUUAUGACAGGAAGUUCGCGUCACGACAAAAUUUAAUCUCUAAAAUUUAUCAGACUCAAAUUCAUACUGUAACUAGUAUCAAGGAGCUGCUGAUUUAUCUUACUGGUUGUUCCGAGCUGCAUUCCUUCAGAAGUGAGCAAAUUUUGUCAAGUAACGUAAGGCCCGAUGCUCGAAGAAAAUCGAUCAAAAUUAAACUAAUAUAUUCUUUUCUCAAAUUAACCAAUAACAUUAAGGAUAAUAGUAUUCUGAUGCUAACAAUAACUGAAAUAAUUUCAAUAGUGAAGGUACUAUAUGGAUACAGUUCUUAGAACCUUAUGUAAAGACUUCUUUAAUUGCCUUUAGAUGGAUCAAAAUAUUUCAAAACAAAGCUUAAAUUGUAAUGUGCUUCAUGGUCCUGCAUGCUUUUAGUGUGUGCACAUGCAAUGAAGCAUGGCAGAAUUCAUUUUUCUUUAAACAACAUUAAACUUAUGGAAAAAAAAUGCAUUUGAUUUCCUUCUUGUCGUAGUUGUGAUGUGAUAGUUUCAUUUCUGAUACGGUAGUCAUUCCUUAUAUGGUUGAACUCUGAAGAGAAAACCAUUUCAUUUUCAAAAAGGUAAUUACUAAAUAAAAGUAUCACUUUGCUUAGCUUGCAUGUUCACAGAUGUAUACAGUGCAGUUGAUUUGCAAUGUUGUGAAAACCAACUAGCCGAUCUUACAGGAAAUUUUUAUUUCUGGUAUGAUGACUUUUAACAUUACUGAGGCUAAUAAUUUCUUCACCUAGUUGGUGCUGAAAUUUAUCUUUAUGUAUAAAUUCUGACAAAAAAGUUAAUAAAUGACAAAUUUUACUAGACUUAUAAGCAAGUUUCUGUGAUGAGCAGUUGAUAUUUACAGUGUAAAGUAUACAUCAUAUUGACUCCAUGAGGGAUUUCUCUCUCAGAGAAAGUUUACCAGAAUCAAAAGUUCCUGAAUUGCUUCCACAAACAUUUACAUCAACAAUUCAAUUAUGGCAAGGCAACUUAAUUUGUCAUGCAUUCUCCCUUUAACUCCUAGAAGUGAUUUUAAAACAUGUAACUUCUUCCUGUAACAUUCAUCCAUUAUCCAGCAAAAGGGUAAUGAGAGCACUCAAACUUAUCAGAUAGAGGUUAUUUUCUUGAUUUAACACCGAAUUCUUGUUACUCAUUCACAAGAAAAAACUGUGUAGCAGCUACAUUCGAGGGAGAAUUGACAAUGAUCAAUUCUUGGGAGUUAAAAAAUGGGUGAAAAAGGUAGCAAGUGUCUAGAGGAUUAAAUCUUUAAUUCAUCCAUCAUGUCCCAAGUAUCUUCUGCAUGCCAUGAUAAAUUGAUUUGAUUGUAACUAGAUUUGGUACUGUAGCCUGGAAUAAGAAGAAGAAUUGAGAAUGAUAACUAACCAACACAAAAAUUUGAUUAUUCCUUAACUGAUUAUUCCUUAACUGUUAUGUAGGAGUAAAAGGGUCAUGAAUUAUCCAGUUGAAUGAAAACACUUGAAACCUAAAUGAAGUAAUUUCAGGGAAACAAAAUUUAAUCUUUAAAAAUUAUUGGACUGAAAAAUUACCAUGAAUAAUGGGAGCAGUUCAUGCUUUCUUCUUGGUUGAUUCUGUUUUCCUUCAGAAAUAAGCAAUGUCAAGUAACAUACAACUUGGUGCUGGAAGGCAAUCAAUCAAAAACAUCAAUCUUCCCUCAAAUUAAUAAAAAAUGCUAUGAAAUGCAUCAUAGUGUUAGCAGUAAUUGAAAUAAUCUCAGUAGUGAAGGUAUGUUGAUAGCACUUGGAGGUGUGUUAACAGACUAUUUUUGCCUCCAGAUGGAUCAAAAUAUUUUAAAACAAAAGUAGAAAAAUCAGAUCAAUAUCAGUAUCUGGGCAACUGCCCACCUACCCAUCCCCUAACUCAACAACAGUCAAUUGACAGCAAAUUAAGAUUAAUGUUGGGUUAGGGAGGGGUAGGUGGGCAGUUGCCCAGAUUCUGAUAUUGAUCCGAAAAAUCUUGUACAAUCAAAUUUUAGAAGGUUUUUCCAAGUGUGCUUCAUAAUCCCAUUGCGCAUGCUGGUGGCGUGUUCAUGGAUUGAAGUAUAACAGGGGGAAUUUUACUUAAAAAACAAUAUUUAAAUUCCAUCCUUGAAAACGUCUUAGAACGAUGAGUUCACUUGUCAGACAGCCCAUGCUAAUGGGCGGACAAAUAUCUGAGCAUACAUUUGAGCCAAGUGGAGGCUAUUGUUUAAAUAAAGCUAUGAUUGGUUUCCUGCACAGCCUUGGUGUCAGUAGAUACACUCUAAAAACAAUCCUUUGCAUUAAUUCCUGGCAAGACUGCAACAAUCAGUGUUGCAUUUAUCAGGCACAAGACAUACCAUAGUUAUGACUUCAUUGAUAAGCACAUCCACAAUUUUAUGAUGUUCAAUAAAUUGACUUGUCUGUAGCCCAAGGACACAUGAUUUGGUAUACUGAAUUCCAAGAUCUUUGACAAUUAAAACAGAUUCUACAAAAAGAAUAGAGUGGUUGAAAUAUUGCUCAUCGUUGACCAAGUGUGAGAUCAAGACAUAUGGCCAUUUGUCAAGGUAUUUUUUUGGAAAAAUGAAAAAGAACAGGUGCAGUCUUUUGACACCUUGAUCAAACAAGUUUAGUCCAAAUAAGGAUGCAUGUGUCCCCAAUUCCUUCUGGCAUGCUCAAGGAACUGCAAGAUAAAUUCAUGAGGCUUUUUAUGGUUAGGCAAGUUCAUCUGCAGGUCCUUUCUCCCUCCUUCCCCUCCCCCCCUUGAGUAAAAUAGGGUACCAGCAAACUGUGAAUGAUGAAAUGCUGGGUUGGAGAUAACAUAGGAUAGACAAGCAUCCUAUCAUAGGCGAGGGGGAUUGAGAGUCCCCUAAUCCUAGCCCUAAUUUCUUCAUGCUAAUGAGCUGUUACUUGGUCCUGUGGCUUACAGUCUGACUUGAUCCUUUCACAGUCUGAACAGUGCUCCAUGUAGGAGAGGCUGUGGCUUUAUGUUUAGUGUAUUGGACUCCAGAUUAAAGAGUCUGGGUUUGCAACCUUGCAGGGUCAUUGUGCUGUACCUCUCUUCACUCAUUAGCAUAAAUGGGUAACAGUGUAUUGUCAAGGAAGUCUGUUGGAAUGCAAGAGAGGGGUUACCUUGCAAUGAAAUGGCAUCCCACCCAGGGGGGUAGUCACACCAAAAAUUAAAUUAUUCAGUGUCUUGGCCUACAAUUAUUGUUUUAUGAGAACACUCACUGUAAGACCUAAAAGCAGUCAGUACCUUUUCAUCUCACCUUUAUGAAUAUCACAGCAAUAUAAUUUCAAAAGAACAAUGGCAACCACCACAAAAGUCCAAACUACUAAGCUGGUUAAUGACAGAAGUUCCUGUAAUGAUUGGAAAAAUAAAAGGCAGUAAAUGACUGACAUAAACACCAUCUAGGAAGUUGGGACCUAGAAAGGGACAGGAGACAAGAGACAGGAGAGAAAUGAAAACAUACAGACAUGAACUGAUUGUUAAUCAGUAAUAACAGAGUAUUGCUAGAUGAACAUUCUAUUUUAGAUCAACACCUCCUCUUAAGGUUAGAAGAAAUUUGGUAACUGAUCCGUUUAGAGGUGAAGCGAAUGGGAAGGGAACAGGAGUACAAACUGGAGAACUUCUAGCGUUUACAUACAAUAGGUUUAAAAUAAUUCAGAGAAUAAAUAUAAUCUAAUGCUAUGAAAGAGACUCAUCAUAAUCAACGAUGUGAGUGCAGAGUUUGAACUGUCGCAUAUCUUGAAAAACUUUCAGAGCAAAAAAUGUAGAGCUAGAAAUAUGUGCCUUAAGUUUGAAUGUACAUUCAUUUCGUCUCGAAGAACCAUAAUACUGUUGGGUUGUGUGACAUGAAUAAAGACAGAUAUUUAAGUUCGAGGAAUAUUGAAAAUCUUGUCUCUAGGCAUGUCACGCAACUCAAAGAUUUGUUUGGACGGCUUUGAGAACGCUUUGCGAAUAAGAAGUCGUCUUUCAACUAAGUGAUUGCGAAAAGGCACAGUAUCAGGUGAAUUUGAAUUACCUUUGCAUGAAGAAAGUGAUGGCAGACGCUUUGUUAGACUGGAAAUCUACCUCCGUAACGCCGACGCAAGACAGGGACGAUAUCGUGCCCAAAUAUGGUAAUGUUUAAUACAGCCGCGAAUACAGAAAUUUUUGAAAACUACUUCCCAGAUCCUGUUGAGCGCGGUCGAUUUAUUUCAGUAACGUAAAAGCUGACGUAAUUUCGAUUAUAUACUCACAUUUGUCCGUGACAGUUUGAAAAAGUUUGAAUUAUGCAAAAACCAUGAUUUCAUAUUCCUGUUUUUUUAUUCAUUUCUUGUAUAGUAUAACUCUGAAGAGAACACAAUCUUUUAAGGUGAUGAAAAAAAUAAAAGCAUCACUUUGCUGAGCUUGCAUGUCCUACAGAAAAAAAAAGUGCAUUUAAUUUAGAUCCUUCUUGUCGUAAUUAUGCUGUUAUAGUACUGAUUCCUAUUAUGGCAUUAAUUCCUUAUAUGGUUGACUUCUGAAGUUAAAACCAUAUCUUAUUUUUAAAAAGUUGUGACUCACUUUGUGUAUCACUUUGCUGAGCUUGCAUGUUAAAAGAUGUAUAUAGUGCAUUUGAUUUCUGUCUUAUCAUAAUUUUGUGAAAGCCAAGCUGCAGCAGAUCUCGCAGGUAAAUUUUAUUUCUGCUUUGAUGACUUAAAAUACUGAAGGUAGAAAUUUAUUUCCCUAGUUUUUACUCGCAUUUAGCUUUAUUAUUAUGUUCUCUCUUAAUUUUAUUCACGUGGGAUUUAACUGUGUUACAAAAGCUGUUGCAGAAAAAAAGUGUUAAAGUGUUGCAGAAGCUUUGAAGUUUGUUUGAAAAACAGAUGCAUGAGUAAUUCGUCUGAAGAGCGGUCAUUUUAUCAUCUUAUUUUGACUAUUUUUAUCCCAAACCCUUCAAGUAUCAGUCUUCCUAAUUUACCUUUCCUGCUCUGACUAUGUUACUAUUGUAUACUUUCCUUUCUUUGUUCAGGACCUUAUUUUGGAAGUUAAAUUCGUCAGUUGACAUCAUGGUAAGUGUUGGCAAUCCAGUAGAACCCCGCUAACUUGAACCACUUUCAAAGGGGGAAAAUGGUGCGAGGAUCUUGAGGUGUUGCGUCACGAGUUUGGGGUUGAAUUUCAAAUAUCCUGUUAAUAAUUAAUAGACAAUAAUAUCUUAAUCAUUCUUUUACAAUCGACAAUGAUUUUUGUAUUUUAAGUUUGUUUAAUAAGAGCUUUUUUUCGUUUAGUUUGGGAAGUAAAGCUGUUUGUAUUGCGUUUUCUUAGCUGUUAUCACGUUUGUUUCAAUACCGAUUAAUGAUUUAGACGCGUCAGUCAGCCUCGUUUUUACCUUAUGACGUAUAUUGACCAACGUCUUUGAGUUACACGGGCGAUCGACUUCACCGAGUUCGAUUUGGCUGAUAGUAAAUAACUGAAAAAAAGUGGGAAAAAAAUCUAGUCGAAAUCGCAUUUUGUUCGAGUUAUCAAGGAGUUCGGUUUAGCCGUGUUCGAAAUAGUGGAGUUUUGCUGUAGUUUUAGUUCUAAAUGAUCCCCAAUUAACCGAGUGGCCCAGGGCACUCUAUGCUUUUGCUGUACAGUGUCAUCUAUGAUGUGUUCUGAAUGAUUAGUUUACUCCCUUUCUAACUUUCAACCAUCCAAAAUCCUAAAUGAAGUUAAUAGGUGUGCCCUUUUUUUCUUGAAGGCCUCAGGUAUCAAAUUGGACGAAAGCUGUAAGAAAAUGUUCUCUUUGGUCAAAGACAAGCAUGAACACGCAUGGGCCAUCAUGAAGAUUGACAAUGAUAAGGAAGUUGUUCUUAUGAAACAACAUGGCAAACUUGUAUCCAACACUGACUUAGAGGAAAAUGAAAGACUCUUUGAAGCCAUGAAAGGGAAAGUAGCAGAACUGGACGGGCCAUGUUACAUCCUGUUCGAUUUUGUCUACCAACAGAAGAGUGGUGCUACCAAAGAUAAACCAAUUUACAUCUAUUGGUAGGUGACCAGGCAGCUUUAAUGUUUACUUUAACUUUUUAUGCAAGCGGGGAGGGGAAGAGGGAAGGUGCAGAGGCGUAUUGGAUAGGGUUUUGAAAGGUCAGGAUUAAGGCAUGUUGUUGUGCUGUGUCGUUGGGUAAGAAACUUGACUUUCAAAUUUCCAGUCUAUCUGCCCAAGAGAACAUGUAGGUAAUGAAGCCUAAAAAAAUACUGAGGUGUAAAUACACGAUAGACUCAAUUUGACGCAAUGUAAGCACGGACAUUUUUUUUCGCGGAUAUAAUUUGUUCUGAGAAAUGAACAGUUUUCCAUGAGCUUCGAUGCCAUGCAAUAACUUGCAACAGCUUUCGCUUGAGCUCCCAUUGGGGCCAAUCAGUUUUCACAAACCAUUUAAUCUACGGGUCUGGUUAAAUGACUGGAUGAAUGCAUUGAAUGAUUCUUUUUUUUCUUUUUAAGGUGCGAUGAUGACUGCGUUGGAGUAAAGGAAAAGAUGAAAUAUGCUGCAACUAAUUCUGAGUUGAAGAAGCAGUGUAAUGGAUUUGAGACAUUUGAAUUCCACGAUAAAGAUGACUUCUGUUUCCAAAAGAUUUCUAAUGAAUUGAAAGCAAAAGACAGGCAAUAACUUGCUGCUGUCACAAAGAGAACAGCACCUUCACUUGCCACUUUUUUAUCUCAGUUUCGAUAACUCAGUUUAACAGUAAGAAGCACUACGGCUGGUAGAUCACGUUAAGAAAGAAG